CGUUCGAUAGACCGCGGGUCAAACAAAGAAACGUGAAAUUUGCAGAAACGCACUCAUAAAACAAUCUUAAACUGAUAAAAGGUAAUGCAGAUCAUGCAGGUAAACUGCUUAUCGACUACCUGAGCGCACGCAGGUGGGUGGUGCAAGAAAUAUUUCGUCACAUCGGAAAUACCAGUGCAACAGCAGCAGCAGCAGAAGCUGGCGCAGGAGCAUACGACUAGCAGCGCCAGAAAAGCAAGCAACACCGUGUUUAAUUGAUUAUUCAAUAAAACACCAUCAACGAAGAAUUUCGUUGGUCCGAUAUGGAGUCGACACUUAGCUCCGGCGGCUCGAAUGCCUCCAGCGAGUGCGCCAUGGAGGCGGGAACCACUCGCAGCCGCUGCCUGGAGCCCGCGCUCAACAGCAACGGGCACUGCGGCAACGGCAGCGGCAACGGUGCUGCCCUGCUUAGCCAGGAGGUGAAGGAUUUGUACAGAUCGCUGUACACUGCCUCGAAGCAACUGGACGAAGCCAAGAAAAAUGUGCAAAGCGUGGAGCAACUGUUCCAGCAUGAGAUCGAGGAGAAGCGCUCCCGGCUGGUGCACCUGUGCAAGCAAAUCAUCUUCAAGGAUUAUCAAUCAGUGGGCAAAAAGAUCCGGGAGGUAAUGUGGCGACGCGGGUAUUACGAGUUCAUUGCCUUCGUGAAGAAAAACUGGCACAAGCAAGGCGUGGACGCAGACACCGCGCAGGAGAAUAUGCAGAAGCUAGAGCGCUUUCUCUGCGCUGGAAUUUUCAACUACAAACGCCUCUCCUCCAAGAUGGAGGAGAUCUAUGACUUGGAUCUGAAGUAUCUCAUCGACUUCUCCAUCAUAAGCGAUGGCUACAUCAGCGACAUGAUAGGGGAGCCAAAGGAGCCGUCGAACUCUUGCACACAAGCCGUGGACAAGAGCCUGGAAGCCGUCUCCUUUGCCCUGGACACCAUCCACUCCUCGCUGCUGAGCCUGGGCGACCUUCAUCGCUACUUUCUUGACUUCCGCAUCGACAGUAAGCUGAGCAUCAGCAAGGAACAGGUGGCCAAGUACUAUCUGGAGGCCUUUAAGCUAAACCCGGCCAUCGGAAUGGCCCAGAACCAGCUCGGCACCCUCUACUACGGCCAGAACUACGAUCUGGACUCCACCUACCAUUACCUCUACUCCCUGGUCUGCAUCAUACCCUUUGAGCUGAGCGAGAACAAUCUCAACAAGCUCUUUGCCAAGCACACCGAGUACUUGGAGCAGAUGGACCCAAACAAACUCGACUUCAACAUUGAGGACUUCUUCGCCCGAUUCUAUCUGAUCGUGGACAUCUUCUUCUUCGACAAAGAGGUUCCCGACUUCAAUGCCCUCUGUCACUGUGUGCUGAUUGACCUGCGCAAGAUUCUGUGCUCGCAGCAGCUGCGCAUGCCGGAGCCGAGCAUUUACAAGAUCAUCUCGAUCCUGUUCUUCUGCCUCUCCAAGCUCAAGAUGAUCAACUCGCCCAAGGUGUACUCGUUGCAUGCCUUUCUGGUGGCCGCCUGCUCGGACCUGAUGGACGCCUGCAUUGUCAGCAUUGAGCAGACGAUUCUGGCCCGCUCGGCGGACAACGAGCAGUUCCAGGCGGACUACGAGCAGCGAUUCGAGGAGUUCGACACCCUGGUCCGCAAGUCCCGCAACGAGUACAAGAACUGGCUGGCCGCCGUUGGGGAAUGCGAGCGCAAGGACAAGAAACUGAUGCCCCGACCACACUCCCUCAAGGAUUGCAGUUCCGAUUCGCGCGACAGUCAGCGCUCCGUGGACGAUGCGAAGACCCAGGAGACAGGCGACGGCGAGAAGAACCCUGAGCCCAUCUCGACUCGCUCCAGCGACGAGGCCAAGGAGAGCGAUCUAAAGACGCCUCUCUCCUGCAAGAGCAAGCGGCGGGGCAUGCGCCUGCGCCGCCGUCGCCGCAAGAUCGCCCAGUCGGACGAUAGCUCCUGCUACGACAGUGAGAGCGACAUGGACACGGACUUCUACAGCGACGAGGAGGACUACACGGACCUCAGCUCCAACUUCGAUACUGACUUUAGCGACAUAGAUGCUGCCGACCCGGGGGAGCCGUGCGCCGAGGAACCCUAUGAGACAGCUUCUUACAUCAAAAAAGAGCGCAGGUCAGCAGGCGGAGGCUGUGGCAGCGAUUUGAUAGCCGACGAUUUGGACAACGAGGAUGUGGUCAUUGAGGAGGAGAAAAUUAUAUACCCCGAGCUAGAGCGCAGACCCAAUUCCCAGGAAGCAGACUCCGAAGAGUUGUUGCACAGCUUCGAAGUGCUGCAGCUGAACUUCAAGAGCGCCGAGGAACAGGUGAAGCCUGUGGAAGUAGAGUGCCCAAAGCAGAAUGUGGCGGAUCGAGAGCCAGAACCAGGACCAGCACCUGAACAGCCCGUAAGUCUAUCGGAGCCACCGAAGAAGCUCAUCUAUCGCAACAAGUACACAAAGAUCAAUCCAAACAUCAUCAUUGACUGUCUGCACAAUGAGCCGACCAUCAGAGCCCUGAAGAUGCUCUUCGAUUGGCUGCGCGUUAAUCCGGAAAUACUCAUCGGCUGCUACCACUCGAACCCCGAGUUCGUCCACAAGAUCAUGAAGCUGCUGAACUACUGCAACAUCGAUGUCUUCACCAGGAAGGUUUACUUCGAGCGAGAGCUACUGACCACCUCGAAUGUGCGGGAGGCCCUUGUUGAGCUCUUCGAUGUGCGGGCCAAUGUUCCGCUGAGCGAGGACUUCACCUUCAAGAACUUCGACAUCUUCCAGAGCACCCAGAUCACCCUGGACUGGGAGACGAUCAUCAGGGAGCGCGUCACGCCCCAGGAGGAGUCCAUUCUGCGCAUCUUCAAAAUGGUCGACUUCGGCUUUUUCAUUUGCAAGCAGAAGAAGUUCAACUACAGGUUCUGUGUGAAGACGCGACGCUUCACCGAGAACCAGAAGAAGAAACAGCGCGAGGAGAAAAAGGGAGGCGGCUCCCGGCGCCGAGAGCGCCGCACUGCUCCGAAGACCACUCGCAAGCGUAACGAGGGACGCACGCGCCGCUACUCGGAUCGCAAGAACGGCAUUGUCCGCAAGAGCUACACGAGCAACGAGGAGAAGGACACCGUUGAGGAGUGCCGCAAGAUGCCGCGCAAGGGCUACCUACGGAAUCGCAAUGCCGAGAAGGCAGCGGCUGUCAUCGCCAGUGCAACUGGCACAUCAGUGGCCGGGGGCACAUCCGCCUCCACCACCACCAACAGUGUCAUUGAGAAACUCAAUGUUCAGUCCAGCUCGGGGGCGGAUGAGGAGCGCUCCGAGGCGAAGUCGAAAAAGUGCGAGCUAAUGGGCAAACUCUGGCUCCAAAACGAAGUGGAGACACUCGAGGAGGAGCUGCGAGACAGUCCACCCCAUGUGGUGAUGUCCCCGUUUGUGGUGGUCGAUUCCAAGGCGUUGACCGAAUACAAUGGCAUUGUCAAGUCGUUGGUGAGGACCAAGAAGUGCAUUGUCCUGAUACCCAAUGCAGUACUCAACGAGCUGGACGAUUUAAAGAAGCGUAGCGAGAAUGUGCGCCAUGUCAUCCGCUGGCUGGAGCAGGAAUUCAAGCAUGGAAACCGUCACCUGCGCGCCCAGCGCGACAACGAAAGCCAGCCGCUCUCCUUGCUGAAGAUUUCCCGGAAGAUGGAUCGCGAUGCUUCGGUCUUCCUGCAAAUUGCUCAGUUUUGCAACCAUCUUGUGGCCAACCAUGCCGAUCCCCAUGUCAGCGAGCUGCAGAAGAACGUGGUCACAUACUUGUCGGGAGAUAAUCUACAUGAGAAGAAUCGCCAGCAGCAGAACUUCAGCUACACCGGGAUACUCGACUCCAUACCGGCGCGCUACGCACAGAUUCAGAGCUUCUACUCCAAGUUUAAGGCCAACAAAAAAUGAAGGGGCCUGAGCGAAGCAGUAUCGGUAGCGGGCGCUAAGGCGGCAAAGACAAAGGCAAAGGCAACUGCAGAUCAGAUGCACUGCAAGCAAAGGGUGCGAGCGUGUUCUCUCUGUACAACCACAAAAUCGACAUGGAGCUCCAAAGUUAACGAAAUCCGUGGCCAGCGGGCCGCGGCAAAACAAAAUCAGCAAUCGCUGCUGCAGCCUACGUUGCGGCUGUGUCCCCAUUCACAACUGAAUCUGUUACCAUCAGCGGGAACAGGAUCCCUGCCCCAGCCCACGCAGCAGCAGCAGCAGCAUUGCGUGGAAUUUGCUUGUUGUGUUUAGACAAAACAAAUACUAAAAUACCAAUCAAAAAGCGUUCACUUUCGACUCAAUGGCAACAAUGAUGACGACGACCAGGCUCAGUUAAACGGAAAAACGGCAACCAAAACACUGGAAAACCCAUACAAAAUGAAACAAAAAUGGAAAAAAAAAACCAACAAAUAAAAAUGCAAUAUUAAAAAUUAACCUUAGAGCAGGCGAGUGCCUCAGACGGUUUGCGGACAAGAACGAGAUGAUCCUGAUGAGUCCAAGAGGAAUGGAUGAAGACGAUAAGGAAGACAGCGACCAGAACUGUUUAGCCUCCGAUCGGUUUGUUGCUUCAUGUACAACACACAAGCAUGGUCCACCAGUAUCUUGGUCUCGUCUGAUUCGUUUUUGACGCUUGCUUCGCCCCUCAUGCAGUUGUGUUUCGUUUUAAAUUUCACAGUUUGAGUAAAAUUACAUUGCACGCUUAAAACUUCACACAAUGCGCGUGAAUUACAUAUGUUAUAUUACAAUUUACAUUAUAAUGCAACCCCAACUAAAGUUCAAUUCUCGGACCGGACACAUUGGAACUUCCCAUAAACGAAGAAGAGACUCGCGUAAAUAUGUACACAAAAUUCUACAUCAUUUCAAAUGUUCCCAAAUUGAAAGCUUGUUAAAUUUGGUUCAAUUAAAUAAAGCUCCCAGCCACAAAAGUGUUUUUCU